AUGGAGUCCUCGAUCGACUUUUACUUAUCCGAAAUCGAGCAGCGCGUUGCUGAAAAAAAGGCCGAACUCGAAUCGACCCUUCACAAAUCUGCGACGGUUCGUCAGAAUGCCGACACAAUUUCGGGAUUCGUUGGCAAUUCAUUGCACCAUUCCACCAAAAUGGCCAAAUAUUCUCGCACCGACUUCGCACAAGUCGGAACCACAAAUCGCGGAUGUAUGCAAGUGGUCCCAGGUGAUAAGAAGAAGGACCAACUGGAUCGGAUAGCGGUUGGUGGCCAGAAUGGGUGCGUUAUUCUUCUAUCAAGGAAGCACAAUGACACACAAAUUCUUUUCAAAACGCCAGCAGGGCCAGAAAUCGAAUCAAUGUGCCUUGGAGGAGCCAUUGGCACCAUAAAAGACAAAAUAUUUGUGGCCUCUGACACCAGUGUGCGAGGAAUUAAUCGAAAAGGCAAAACGUUCUUCUCGUUCGACACAAAUAUGGCAGAAACUGCGAAAAGAAUGUACGUCCAUGGCGUUGAAUUGGUCUUGACUGGAAAACGCAGCUACAAUCAUUACCAUGAUUGCGCGGAUGCAAACUAUUAUUUGUGCUCGGAAGACAUUUUCGAUGUUGUGAGUUUGGUGAACGAAGGCGCUUGGGGCGACAGACCAUUCACAUCGAUUCUUGCUUGCUCGGAUUCAACAAUAAAGGUCAUCGAGGGCAGUUUGAAAGCAUACGACAUCAAUCUAACUGAUGUGCCUUUAACAUUGAACAUAUUCAUCAAUGAGAAAAGCGAAAACCAUGCGAGGGUCUUGUACGGAACCAAAAAUGGAAAACUCGGACUGGUGCACGUGCCGAGCGGCAAAGGCGAAAUUCUGUGGGAAAUCGAGACAACCACGAAAUCGGCGAUUACCGUAAUCAAAUGUUUUCACAUGACAAAUCAAGAGGUUUCGGAUAUUGUGAUCGGCAAAGAAGAUGGGACUGUCGAGUUGUAUACUGUGGAUGAGAAUGAGAAUCCAGUGCUAUUCAACACUUUUAAUUGUGAUGAAUCGAUAACCGGAUUGGGAUGCGGGAAUGUGACGAGCUGGAAUGAGCCCGAAAUCAUUGUGUGCACAUUCAGAGGAUGGUUGUUUUCGUUAUCGAGAUCGGGUCGAGUUGCGAGUGAGCCAAUUCCACAAGGAGCCAAUUUUUCUGUAAAAGUGCAACAGUUGAAAGCCGAAGUCGAAGAACUCGAAACGAAAGUCAAUGAAGAGCGUCAACGAUAUGAAGAAUUGACGAAGAAAUCCGGUGGAACGAAUGUUGCAUUCAUUCCCAAUUUUCAGAUUCACGAUAAAUUCGAGUUCAGCCCAGAUUUGGGCCUAUAUAAUCUGACAAUUGAAUUGGUGAUUCCAAUCGAUUUCGUGCUGAUCCAAAGCCAUUUGCCAAUCCGACUCGUCGAAGUCGAGAAAAAUGCUUCUGUUGUAUGUCAGAUUCGUAAAAACGAGCUGAAUCCAUGGCCACUCCUCGCUUCUUAUCGAUGUCAGGCCAAUGUUUGCCGAUUGGAAUUGCGAGUGCGCGUCAUCGAAGGCAAUUGCGGCCUUUUGAAUUUGUUCGUUUCACCCAAAAUCCAUCCAAAAGUCUCACAGGUCGCAUCAUACACAAUCAAAGCGCUUUCUGCUCAUGUUCGUGUCCACAAUUUUGAUCUCUCGAGACCAAUUUCGGUGUUAUCAUUCACAGGAAGUUUCUCGAUAUCUGAAGCUCAUGCCUGGCUGUACAAUCUUGUCCCGGAUGUUCCCUUGAAAUGCCCUCCAGCUGAAACAAUCACCAACAACUUCCAGUGUGCCAUUAAUGGCGGCACUCAGCUUCAAGUCACUUAUUCAAAAGGCUCGGCUGUAUUCCGUUCCGACAGCGUUUCGACGAUAUCUAUAAUCAGAGAUCAAAUAAGUGACGAAAUCCUAAACAAACAAAUGCGCGUCGACGUCUCAUGCGAUUUAAAUGAGGCCAGCGUCGAGCACUGUCUGAGACUCCUUCACCCAACCAUAACCAAAUAUGUGACGAUCGAAACACAGAAGAAGUACGCCGCCGCUUUGAAGGAGAUUGAGGUCAAUAAUUCCGAUGUCUAUUCAUUUUUGAGUCCUGAGAAUGCCGAAAUUCUACGCAAUCAUGAUAGCAUCUUCAAAGAGGCCGAAUCGUUGUGUCUAGAAUCGUCGGGAAUUCUUCAAAUCUACGAGAAUCUUCUUCAAGCGCAGGCAAAACUCUCCGGUCGAUCAGUCCGCUCAAAAUCCGAAGCACUGAUGACACUUCUAACCGAAAACUACAAUCUCGAUGCGGUCAUCGCAUUCUUCAAAAGCGCUGUUCAAGAUUAA